CUUGCUUGUGAAUGUAAAACAGAUCUGUAGGUCAUUGGUAGGUCAUUUCGUGAGCAGAUGAUAACAACUAGUUGCUACUAGAUUACUCAUCAGUUAAAUUGCUUCCUUAACGAAAGUUUAUUAUAAUAUGUCGGUUAAAACAAGUUACAACUUCUCAAAAUAAUUACAGAUCAUCUAUCAUUCCAAUCAUUUUUAAGCUAUUUAACAGAAUUUCAACAUUCCAUGACAUUAAAUAACAAGUAAUAGCUGGUUUAUACAGAAAAAUUGCGCAAAAGUGAUACGUUUACUGUGCCAUUUGUGCAGUAAUUGUAGUGGGCACACAAUGAGGCGAUCGAGAACCGAUCAAAAAUCAGGAUCAUGGAGUCACAUGGAGAUUGAUUUAACAAAUAAAAAUUUACAAAGAAGCAAAAAUUCAUCAUGUAGACGUAUUCGAUAUCGAUCAAAUUCAUUUAAUUCAUUUGCUUGUCAACAAAGUGAACAAAUGGCUGGGACAAUACAAUUAUUUUAUUUGUAUGAAGAUAAAAAUUCAAAGAAUAUGUACAACCUUGAUAAUUCAAAAGAAGACGUAAAGAAAUCACAAACAGCUGAAAGAAUGGUCGAUAAAAUUCACCUUAGUUUUAUAGAUCAUCCAGCUGGACAUGUAAAGAUUAAAAAUUUAAAUAAUUGGGAUUUUAACAUUUUCCAUUUAAAACGAAUAAGUUCUAGUAAGUUUUAUUUAGUUUUGUAUGUUUUGUUAUUGUUGUCAUCAUGUAACUAUAAAAAUUAA